AUGCCAGCUUGUCGUAUUAUGGUAAAGACUAUGUUAGGAGUCGAAGCAGAAAAAGAAAUAAUUAAAAUACCAUUAGAUGAUAGUACAAUUAGUCGUAGGAUUAUAAAUAUAUCAGAGGAUAUUGAGGAGCAGGUUAUUGAAGUUAUAAAAAGUGGAGAAUUAUUUGCCUUGCAAGUUGAUGAAUCAACAGACAUAAGUGGGAAAGCUCAAUUAAUGGCAUUUAUUAGAUUUAUUGUAAAUUCAAAAAUAGUUAGUCAAUUUUGUUGUUGUAAAGAAUUAUCUGGGACAACAACUGGUCGAGAUGUUUUUGAUGUCAUAAAUAAAUAUUUUAAAAAUUAUGGUAUAUCGUGGACUUUUUGUGUAAGUAUUUGUACAGUUGGGGCGCCAUCAAUGACAGGCUCUAUUAAAGGAUUUAUUGCAAUUGCCAAAAAUCAAAAUCCUAAUAUAAACACAACACACUGUUUUUUACAGUGGGAGAUAUUAGUAGCAAAAAGCAUUGUUAAUGAAUUAAAGAUUGUAUUUGAUCAAGUCGUAAAAAUGGCGAAUUUUAUUAAAAGUAGACCUCAAAAAAUUCGAUUAUUGUCCCAGUUAUGUGAAUCAAUGGAAUCUGACCACUAUACAUUGAUUAUUUAUACAAAAGUACGUUGGUUAUCAAAAGGGCAAGUUUUAUCACAUUUUUAUGAACUUAGAGAAGAACUUUUAGUAUAUAUUACAAUGGAACAAAUGGAAUAUUCCGAUUAUUUAUCCGAUGAAUUUUGGUGUUCAAAAUUAGCAUAUUUAGCUGAUAUUUUUGAACACCUGAAUCAAUUAAAUUUAAGCAUGCAAGGUGAAAAUCAGAAUUUAUUAAUAUCUACAGACAAAAUGGCUGCAUUAAAAGGCAUAUUAUUGAUUUAG